GUUGCAUGUUUCAGCUAAGGUCGCACUUCACUCCCUCUGCCUUGUCAGUUUGACUGUGACUUACUUGGUGUGCUUGUCUGGAUUCUGAUGACUGAACAGCAAAUGAAGUGCAGGAUAAAAGUAAUACUACAACAUUUCCCAGUGCAUGUCUAAGCUCUCUAACCAGGCAGAGCUCAAGACCACCCUCUGCUGGCAAAAAGAGGCAAAGAAAACAUCUGAGGAUCCUGCAGGAUUACACUGUAUAUGCUGCAUGUAAUCCCUCUAUGUAUUGAAGGGGCUCUGGCAUUUUUUGUGUGAGUGGGUAUCCAUUUGAUAAAUUCUUCACCGCUCCUACUGCUGAAAGCACAUCAUCAAAGAUGACUUUGUAGCUACUGAGUGCACACAGAAUAGAAGAAAAGCAACAUCAGGCAUGGAGGCUUUAAAUUCUUCUAGUAGAGUGACUUCAGCUUCACCCCCCACCUCCACUACUCCCUCAAGUUCAUUCUACCUGCAGUUCUUCCAUGAAUACCAGGACAAAUCUGUCAUUGAAAAGCAUUACAACUACACUGAGAAGCUGAGCAACCGUGAUAAGCUCAAACCUGAAAGCAUUGCCUUACUGGCGGUGUGUGUCCUCAUCAUCCUGGAGAACACUGUGGUUCUGCUUGCCAUUUGGAGGAAUAAAAAGUUCCACCUGCCCAUGUAUUACCUGCUGGGAAACCUGACUCUGUCAGACUUGCUGGCUGGUAUUGCCUACAUGACCAAUAUCCUCCUAUCGGGAAAAAAUACUUUAAAACUGACACCGUUGAUGUGGUUCAUCCGGGAGGGAGGGGUCUUUAUCACUCUGGCUGCCUCUAUAAUUAGUCUACUAGCCAUUGCGAUUGAACGCCAUGUCACUAUGGUGACUAUGAGGCCGUAUCAUGGGGCAAAGCGGGGACGCAUGUUGGCACUAAUUGGUGCGAGCUGGGCCGUGGCAGGGUUUUUGGGAAUCCUCCCAAUAUUGGGAUGGAACUGCAUCCGCAGACUGGACCAGUGUUCAACGGUGCUCCCGCUUUAUGCCAAAAGCUACCUUCUGUGCUGCGUGUCUGUGUUCAGUGCUGUGCUCUUGGCCAUCGUGGUGCUUUAUGUGCGUGUUUUCCGCAUCGUCCGCACCAACACACAGCGCCAGCGGCUCGGCUUGUCAGGCAGCAUAAGGAAGGGCUUAGCUAGGAAGUCAGAGAAGUACAUUGCUCUCCUCAAGACAGUCACCAUUGUAUUGGGAGUCUUCAUCGCCUGUUGGCUGCCCCUUUUCAUUCUCCUCCUGAUAGAUUUUUCCUGCCCCACCCGCGGAUGCCCCGUGCUCUACAAGGCUGAGUACUUCCUGGGAGUAGCCAUUAUCAACUCGCUCCUCAACCCCAUCAUCUACACACUGACCAGUAAGGACAUGAGGAGAGCCAUUCUGAGGCUCCUCUGUCGGCCAUGUCUAAUGACCUCAGAUGGGCAGGUGAAGAAGAUUGGGAUGCCGUUCCUGGAGUGCAGUUUCAGUAAAACUGAGGUGCCCUCCCAGAAGUUAGAACCGGGUCUGGAGACAACUAUUUCAUCUGGAAACGUCAUCACCACUCCAUCUCCAGUUAAAGCCCUAUACCCCAAACUUUUCAAGUCAUAAAGACUUUGACUGACUGUGUCCAAAAUGUGUAAAUGGGUUUCCCGCUGAAUAGAGGAUAUGUAGCGCAUCCACUAUUGAGAGACAGUUCUGUUUUGUUUGUUUUUUUCAAAGAGCCAUAAAAAGGGGGCGUAUAAAAGACGAUGACUCAUCUUUGACAGUGUGGCGCAGUUAUGGCAAUAUAACUGAAUCACCAAAUUUCAUUUUGAUGAAGCAUACCAAACCAGAGAGCAAAGGAUGCAAUUCAAAUGUGAACAAGCAAUGUUUUUUAUGUAUAUGAUGCUAGCAAUACGUCUUCUUUAUUAAUUUGCACUGACAUAUGCAACCUUGGACUCAAUUUUUUCUGGGCUUCUGUAUUUUGUGUGAAGCUUAGAAGGACGCUUCUGUAAACUCAAAGAGUGAAAGACUGAAAACUAUGUACUUGCUGGAAUAAUAUGGAGGCUAACGUUUCUCAUCUUGCAGUUUCUUAAGUGCCUUAAAGUCAGAAUAAAAACUCCUAACAGUU